CGCAGGCAGAAAAGUAAACAUCUUCCAGGCGGGUUGGAGAUUGGGCUGCUCUGGCCUGGAAAGCCCCUGCAGGGCUGACAGGGACCUUUUAGCCUAGCAGCACAGCUGUGAUUUCAACUGCCCUUCAGGAGUUAUAAGGAGGGGGGGGGGGAGACGAACUGUAGAUACUGUCAGGGAAGUGCUGGGAAAUGCCUCAGAACGUUGUCCUCCCCGGACCCGCACCUUGGGGAUUCAGGCUGGCAGGCGGAAUAGAUUUUAACCAGCCGUUAAUCAUAUCCAGGAUUACUCCAGGAAGCAAAGCUUCGCAAGCCAAUUUGUGCCCUGGUGACAUCAUAAUAGCUAUCGAUGGCCAUAGCACAGAGAACAUGACUCACAACGAUGCACAGGAGAGCAUUAAAGCAGCAUCACACCAGCUCUGUCUGAAAAUUGAAAGGGCAGAAACAAAAAUAUGGUCUCCACAAGUAACUGAAGAGGGAAGCCCCCAUCCAUUCAAAGUAAACUUGGAAGCUGAGCCCCAGGACUUGGGCUACUUUGAACACAAGCAUAAUAUUCGGCCCAAACCUUUCAUAGUCUCAGGCCAGAGCAGUGUUUGCAGUACUCCUUCUGGUAUUGACGGCGGCAGUGGACGUAGCACACCCUCUUCAGUUAGCACUGUUAGCACUAUCUGCCCUACCGAGCUGAAAGCAGCCGCUAAGAUGGCCCCCAACAUUCCCUUAGAAAUGGAACUUCCGGGUGUCAGGAUUGUACAUGCUCAGUUUAACACACCUAUGCAGAUGUAUUCAGAUGACAAUAUUAUGGAAACUCUGCAGGGGCAGGUUUCUACAGCACUGGGGGAAGUACCCCCAAUAAGUGACCCAGUACCCACCUCAGUGCCUAAGUCUGAUGUUUAUAAGAUGCUACAUGAUAACCCGGAAGGAUCGAGUCAACCGCGUCAGUCUGGUUCCUUUAAGAUUCUCCAGGAUAUGGUAUCUGAAGAAUCUGAUGGACGGCCAACUGGUACCAGGAGUGUGAGAGCACCAGUAACAAAGCCUUCUACUGGUGCAGGAAGUGUGCCAAAGGUUCCCCUGUGUGACAAGUGUGGAAAUGGAAUUGUUGGCACAGUGGUAAAGGCACGUGAUAAGUACAGGCACCCUGAAUGUUUUGUGUGCUCAGACUGCAACCUCAACUUGAAGCAGAAAGGUUACUUCUUCGUGGAGGGGCAAUUAUACUGUGAAGCCCAUGCACGGGCCCGCAUGAGGCCACCAGAGGGAUAUGAAGCAGUCACUGUUUAUCCCAAGGCUUAACUGUUUGGAGACACACAUACCUGCAUGCAUACAAGCCGUUAUCAGCUUACAGCAGCAAUACGAUCCCUGAUUCCUGCAUAGUGCUUUAUAAGGCCGGGGGGGGGGGCGGGCGGUGAGGGAGAGGGAGAUGAUGAAGCAGAAGGAUUAUGUUUCAAGUAUCCUGUCUCUCUCUCUCUGGAUUAUUAUCAUGACUGCCAAUGUAACCUGAUGGAGUACAAAAUUAAUAUGACAUGCUGUAUUAGAUUAAGAGCCUUUGAAACAGCUGCUAGUUAUAUUGGUGACAGCUAGCUAUCGUAAGAGAACUAUUUCUGUUCGGAUUUCCAAAUUUAGUUUUUGUAUAAGGAUCCAGUCCCAUGCAUUCAGACCUCUGAAGACAAAUCCUUCAGGCUGAAGACAUAUUUAUAUACAGAGUUCACUGCACUAUGAACACACUAUGAGCGGUUUUUAUACCAUCUGUCAACACUGCCCUUCCUCACUCAAAGCAUCUUCCUGGGUGGGUGGGUGUGCACCUGAGAUAUAUCUGGCAACAUGGGCUUUCCUUAGUGGAGAAACAGGAAAUGGCAGGAACGACUAGGCGAGUGGAGUGGAGUUGGACGUAAUUCACUUGCAUGGAUGAGAUGGAGCCCUUCGUUGUAUUAACAUGAAGUGCGGUGAAGAGCUCAGAACAUAUUGUGUGUGUGUCUUCAGUCGCAGACAUCUAUGUCAUUAUUUUUUAAUUACCUUUAUCAUCUAUAUCUAACAACCUCAAUAUUAUGCACACCAGAGAUAGGGUUUCACUUUCCAUAUCUUUUACCUCUCAACUGGUAUGUGUUAAACAUAGAACUAAUAAACCCAAUAUAAUAUUAUUUCAAGGGAAAAAAUCUGCUCUCCCCCGUCUUAAAUAUUUUUCUUCAUUACUGUGAAAUUUUAUUUUCUCUGCCCAUUUUUGCCAUUAUGCUGUCUGACUAAGGAGAAGAAAUAAAGACAUGAAAAUGUCAGGAUACCCACCAAAAUGUGAUUAUUUCCACCCCACUAGGGGCAAGGGCCGUAGAUAAAGGAUGGAGUUGUUUUGGACAGUAGCCCUUCCUGCUUCAGGGCAAACUGUCUUCCCCAAAUGUAGCUAGAGAUCUGUGUACACGUAUCAUGAUGCUUAUCUUCGGACUGGCUUGGUGUGUCUUUUGGUGGAUAUGUACUGCAUCCAAAGCUACUAGCCACACAGAGUUUGACCGGAGCCUUGCUUGUGACAUAGCAUAAAGCCCUAAAGCAUGUUUAAUUUGCUUUUCAGAGCGCAACCAAAAUUGUUUAUGAACAUUUAAAAAAACAACUGUACUUCACCAGGGAUCCUGUGAACAAAUGCAAUUAAAUGACUUUUUAAAAACCCAA